UUUCCCUAGAAUCCAAAGAUGCGCUAACCAGAAAUCACUACGCUUUCUCUGCUUUUUCGUCUCGAAGCUUUUAUACGGAUCUGGAUCAGGACCAUAGGGAAAGCUUGGCGGAAUCAGUGGCCGUGAUGACGGAGCCGCCAGAGAAUCGUCGCGUAUCUUUUGAGAAUUCCGGCGAAGCUCCGGCGAGAAUCGAGGGAGAGAACGUCGGUACGAAUGGCGGGGAGGCAAGAGAAGUGGAAAGCAGUGGUGCUAGUGCCGGUAAUGGAUUGGAAUUGGAGAGCGGAGAGGCGAGUGGAGGUGGUGCUUCCGUCGAUAACGGUGGCAGUAACUCUCCAGGAAUUUCGGGUACGAGUUUGCAAAAGACAAACACAUUGCCGAGGGAAAUAUCGAAUCUUGACAAAUUCGAGUCGAAUUCAAGUCCACUUAAGUUGGAAAGGGCAAAAACUGAGCGGUCUAGACAUCACAACAUAGGUUCCGUAGAGGCAGCACAAAUUUUUAACGACAAAAUCCCUGUUCAGCAGAAGCUCAAAUUGUUGAACAGAAUAGCUACCGUGAAAGAUGAUGGAACUGUGGAAUUUGAAGUUCCUGGAGAUGUUGAACCCCUAUCCCUUGGUCCCAAACAAACUCAUACUGAAGUUGUUGAUUGUGAGCCUCUUGAUGCAGCGGACCUACCCCCACUACAGAUUGUAAUGCUUAUUGUUGGCACACGAGGAGAUGUUCAGCCAUUUAUUGCUAUUGGCAAACGGUUACAGGACUAUGGCCACCGUGUUAGACUAGCCACUCAUUCAAAUUUCAAAGAGUUUGUCUUGACCGCUGGGUUGGAGUUUUACCCUUUAGGAGGCGACCCCAAAGUUCUUGCUGGUUAUAUGGUUAAAAACAAAGGAUUCUUGCCCUCAGGGCCAUCUGAAAUUCCUGUUCAACGAAAUCAAAUGAAGGAUAUCAUAUACUCUUUACUUUCAGCUUGUAAGGAUCCUGAUAUGGAUUCUGGCAUUCCCUUUAAAGCAGAGGCAAUCAUUGCAAACCCCCCAGCCUAUGGUCAUACUCAUGUGGCAGAGGCACUGAAAGUACCAAUUCAUAUAUUUUUCACAAUGCCAUGGACGCCAACUAGUGAAUUUCCACAUCCUUUAUCCCGUGUCAAGCAAUCAGCUGGAUAUAGGCUGUCAUAUCAAAUCGUGGACUCUUUGAUCUGGCUUGGAAUACGGGACAUGAUUAAUGAUGUUCGCAAGAAAAAGUUGAAGCUUCGUCCUGUCACAUAUUUAAGUGGUUCACAAGGCUCAGAUUCUGAUAUUCCGCAUGGAUAUAUAUGGAGUCCCCACCUUGUUCCUAAACCGAAAGAUUGGGGUCCAAAAAUUGAUGUAGUGGGAUUCUGCUUCCUUGAUCUUGCAUCAAAUUAUGAACCUCCUGAGGAACUUGUAAAAUGGCUUGAAGCUGGUGAAAAGCCUAUUUAUAUUGGAUUUGGUAGUCUUCCUGUUCAAGAGCCCGAAAAAAUGACGCAGAUAAUUGUAGAAGCACUUGAAAGAACGGGACAAAGAGGCAUAAUUAACAAAGGCUGGGGCGGUCUUGGGAACUUGGCCGAACCCAAAGAUUUCAUAUAUUUAUUGGAUAAUUGCCCUCACGACUGGCUCUUUUUACAAUGCAAGGCUGUGGUGCAUCAUGGAGGUGCCGGAACAACGGCUGCGGGUCUAAAAGCUGCGUGUCCCACGACGAUUGUUCCUUUUUUUGGGGACCAACCUUUCUGGGGAGAACGAGUACAUGUUAGAGGAGUAGGUCCUUCCCCCAUCCCAGUUGAUGAGUUUUCACUUCCCAAGUUGGUUGAGGCAAUUAAUUUUAUGCUUGAUCCCAAGGUUAAAGAGCGUGCUGUUGAGAUUGCCAAGGCCAUGAAGAAUGAAGAUGGUGUGACGGGAGCAGUGAAGGCCUUUUUUAAGCAUCUUCCCCCCAGGAAGCCUGAGCCUGAGCCAGAACCGGUGUCGUCGAGCUUUUUCUCUAUGAUAAGUAGAUGUUUUGGUUGUGCAUAAAUGUUGUGUUCCGUGUUCAUUUGUUUUCUUUCCUAGUGUUGCAUGACGGAAUGUUCUCACAGUGCUCACAAUCCAAACAUUCAUCCGUCAUGUAUGUAGCUUAUAAUUUAUCAUUUCUGCUUCAUAAGGUGUAAUUAUUUUGAUUUUUUGUAUUCAAUAUUCAUCAAAAGAAAAGAUGAGUUGGCUUUAUUACCCACAAGG